GAGUACAUACUACUACUAUAUUAGUAACAAACACAAACUAUAGUAGAGGCCAAAAUGAAUAGGGUCACCUUGUCGAAAACCUCUGCAGGCGGCAAGCCACCGCAAUUGGCGGGGGAGCAAUGGCUUGACGAUGCUUGCAUUCUUGACAUGGAUUACUUUGUCAAGACCCUAGCCGGUAUCAAGUCCAAGGGGGUCCGACCCGACCUUAUCGGGUCGAUCAUAGCCCACUACGCGUCUAAAUGGGUCCCCGAACUAUCCGAGACUAGGGAUACCGGCCCGGUGCCCGACCCGUCAGCCUCACCGGAGACGACGGUGACGUCUGCAUGGCGGAAGAAGCGGUUCUUCGUCGAAACACUAGCCGGGAUCCUCCCACCGGAAAACGACGCCGUCCCAUGUAACUUCCUACUUAGGCUACUAAGGGUGGCGAAUAUGGUAGGGGUUGAGUUAACCUACAAAGAAGAGCUAGAAAAGAGGGUUUCAUGGCAAUUAGAUCAAGCUACAUUGAAGGAGAUAAUGAUACCUUCAUUUAGCCAUACUUGUAGUACGUUGCUUGAUGUGGAGCUUGUAAUGAGGUUAGUGGAGAGAUUUAUGGGGUUAGAUGAAGGUGUUAGAGGUGGUGCGCCGCUAAUUAAGGUGGCGAAGUUAGUGGAUUGUUACUUGGCUGAGGUGGCGAUGGACUCGAAUUUGAGAUUAGUGGAGUUUAUUCAGCUUGCUGGUGCUCUUCCUCCUCAUGCUAGAGCCAUUGAUGAUGGACUCUACCGGGCUGUUGAUACUUAUCUCAAGGCGCAUUCUGGGGUAACGAAGCAAGAAAGGAAGCUUCUAUGCAGAUUAAUCGACUGUCGAAAACUAUCUCCAGAAGCAUGCUUACAUGCAUCACAGAAUGAACGAUUGCCUGUAAGAGCAGUACUACAAGUCUUGUUUUCUGAACAGAACAAGAUAACCCGACAGCUGGAAUGGAGCGGCCCGUUAUAUACGGAUAGAAGCCCAAACUCUAAUAAAAUAGACGGGUCGGGCCGAUGCCACUCGAAAAGAGAGGUUUCAGCCCAACAUAUGGAGAUCAAGAGGUUGAAGGAAGAUGUUGUCAGACUUCAGAAUCAGAUAAACAUGAUGCAGAAUCAGAUUGAGAAAGUUGGUGAGAAGAAGAAAGGAUUUUUUAGGUGGAAGAAAAUUUUAAUUCCUGGUUCAAGUACUAGUGUUGCAGAUGUAGGAAAGAGGGAUUUUGAGGAAGUUGGGUUUGGAAGGCAUACCCCACUUACUAAGGGUAAGACCUCACAUAGAUGGAGGAAAUCUCUUUCUUGAUUAAUUAAUUCUUGUUUAUUUUACACUCUAUAAAGUAUGUUUUUUUUUUUUAUUUACUAUAUGUAAUAAAAUUUGUGUAUGUAGUACUAGAUUGUGAAAUUUGAAGAAUUUGUAUGUCAAUCAGAAAGCAAAGUGACAUUACCUUACAUGAAGUUUAUGCAUGCUUAUUAACAACAAAGUUGUUAUGCUA